AUGGUUGUUGACUUUGGGGGUUGGGAAGCAAUAUUAAAUACUCCGCAUAAGUAUUUAUCAAACGAAAAUUGUGAAAAAUUCCUGCGAUGUCAUUUAUUAGCUACAUGGAGAUGUUCACAACUAUUGGCGUUAACCAUUCAUCAUUGUGUCAUCACUGUUGACCCAAGCCAUGAGAAUGCUAAGGAUAGGUUGGAGAAAAACUAA